AUUCUCUCAUCUCUUCUUUACCACUAAUAUUAUUCUCCUACAUAUUUAUACUUCAACUCAGUUGCUCCAUUAUUGUCCUCCACAAUGAGCAGCAGGCCAGGAGAUUGGAACUGCAGGUCGUGCCAGCACAUGAACUUUCAGAGGAGAGAAUCAUGUCAGAGAUGCGGAGAAUCAAAGUAUGGAGAAUAUUACGGUGGAGGAGGGAGAUCAUCAUCAGGUUCAUCAUAUGGAUCUGAUGUUCGUCCUGGAGACUGGUACUGUGCUGCUAAUAAUUGUGGCACACAUAACUUUGCCAACCGCUCAAGCUGCUUCAAGUGUGGUGCUUUCAAAGAUGACUUGUUAUCUUCUUCUUUCAACACUGACUUUCUUCUACGCUCUAGACCUUUUCCUUCUGCUCCUACUUCCACCAGACCUUCAUGGAAAUCUGGUGAUUGGAUUUGCAAUAGGCUAGGGUGCAAUGAGCAUAACUUUGCGAGCAGAAUGGAAUGCUUCAAAUGCAGUGCCCCAAGGGAUACAUACUAGAGUUGAGAUCAUCCAAAUUUUGUAUUUCAUGGCUUUGUCUUCAGGGAUUGUAGCGAUUGGCCAUGGAAGAUGGACUGUUGUAAUACUAGAGAGUUAAGAUGGAAUAUUUCUUUAUUAAUUUCUUGGGGAUGCUCAAAACUGAUAGCAGGGGCCAAAGAGAAUGGAGCAGAGCAAAUAUUACAAAGAAGCCACGUACCCUUUGAUUAGCACUUAGUUAAAGAAACUAUGUCGGUGUUUUUUUCGUACCUGAACUAUGGCCAUGUUUUUGGUGUUUUAAUAUUACUUUUUCUUUGGUCUCUUGUACUGGAGUUCAACUAAUUAUUGUACUUGCGUGGUUUAAGCGAAGAUCAAUUUCUUUCUUUUCUCAUA